ACUCUCUUGUAUUGAAUUGAAUGUGGGAAUCUCUUAAUCAAAUUAAUGGUUGACACUUGCUUGUUGGUUAAACUCUCUUUCAAUCCAAGUUUUCAUUCUGCUGUGGCUCGAGUCAAUUGUCAUUGUCAUUGUCACCCUAACAAUUCGUUUUCUUUGUCUCUCUAUCCAACUAGCCAGUUGGUUAUUCUUUCUACCGGUGGUUGCCAAAUCUUGGAUUUAAACUCUUCUUUCACUUCUUUGCUGCAAAACCUGCUUGCUAGCACACAAAGCAAAUUUUUUAGCAACUUUUGAACUUUCUUGUACCUUUCAACUAGUCUUGAGGUAUCUAGUUUUUCCAUUCUUUUUCUCAUGAGUUCUACUCUUUCUUGGAAAAAAAAAGUGCUUUUUGAAUUUUGUCAGAGAGAAGUGAAGUGUCUGGCUAACAAAACAAGGGACAAGUAGAUGUGUGGAAAACUCAGAAGAAAGAUGAAGCCUUGUACUUCAUUGUUGUUUCUCAGUUUGAUUUCCACGCUCUCUUUUGUGGCUUCUGACAUCGUGCCCCCAAACGAAGUUUGGGCGCUCAGGAGUUUCAAAGAAGCUGUUUAUGAAGACCCAUAUCAAGUAUUAUCGAAUUGGGAUACGUUGGAAUCAGAUCCUUGUAACUGUUUUGGCGUCUUAUGCACUUUGGCUCGAGAUCACGUCAUCAAGCUAAGCGUACCAGGAUCAUCAUUAAAAGGGUUUCUUGCACCAGAGUUGGGGCAAAUCACCUACUUGCAAGAACUAAAUUUGCAUGACAACAAUUUCAUUGGAACAAUACCUAGAGAAUUGGGUGUGUUGAAAUCUCUCAAGGUGUUGGAUUUGGGAAGGAAUCAGUUAACGGGACCAAUUCCUCCGGAGAUUGGAAAUCUAACCCAAGUUGUGAACAUAAACUUGCAGUCCAACGGGUUGACUGGUAGGCUACCUCCAGAGCUUGGUAACUUGAGAUACCUUCAAGAACUUCGGCUGGAUAGGAAUAGGCUUCAAGGACCUGUUCCUGCUGGUGGUAGCUCAAAUAUUGCUUCAAAUAGGCAUAGCAUGUAUGCAUCAAAGGAGAAUGUAACUGGCUUGUGUCGUUCGUCUCAGUUGAAAGUAGCAGAUUUCUCAUAUAAUUUUUUAGUUGGUAGCAUACCCAAAUGCUUGGAGUAUCUUCCAAGCAGGUUAAGCUUUCAAGGUAACUGCCUCCAGAGCAAUGAUUUAAAUCAGCGGCCUUCUAUUCAGUGUGCGGGUGCUUCACCUGCCAAGAGCCAGCCAGUGGUGAACCCAUACCACCAAACUACUGAAUAUGUGACCAACCAUCAUGGAGCAUCAAAACCUAUUUGGCUUUUGGCUCUAGAAAUAGUAACUGGAACUAUGGUGGGCUCUCUCUUUCUGGUUGCUGUUCUUGCAGCUUUUCAGAGAUGUAACAAAAGAUCAUCUAUCAUCAUUCCUUGGAAAAAAUCUUCAAGCCAGAAAGAUCAUAUGGCAGCAGUAUAUAUAGACCCUGAGAUGUUGAAGGAUGUGAGAAGGUAUAGCAGACAAGAGCUUGAAGUGGCCUGUGAAGACUUCAGCAACAUAAUUGGGUCCUCACCAGAUAGUGUGGUCUACAAGGGAACCAUGAAAGGUGGACCGGAGAUUGCUGUUAUUUCCCUCUGCAUCAAGGAGGAGCAUUGGACAGGAUAUCUUGAGCUCUAUUUCCAGAGAGAAGUGGCAGACUUGGCAAGAUUAAAUCAAGAGAAUAUAGGAAAACUACUGGGCUAUUGUAGAGAGGACACUCCAUUUACAAGGAUGUUGGUUUUUGAUUAUGCAUCAAAUGGGACACUUCAUGAACACCUACACUGUUAUGAAGAAGGGUGCCAGUUUUCUUGGACACGGCGUAUGAAAAUUGCCAUAGGCAUUGCACGCGGACUCAAGUAUUUGCACACAGAAGUGGACCCUCCAUUUACUAUCUCGGAGCUUAAUUCCAGUGCUGUAUACCUUACUGAAGAAUUUUCCCCUAAGUUGGUUGAUUUUGAAAGUUGGAAAACAAUUCUUGAACGAUCAGAAAAGAAUUCUGGUUCUAUUGGUAGCCAAGGUGCUAUAUGUGUUCUUCCAAACUCCCUUGAAGCACGCCAUCUUGAUACCAAAGGGAACAUAUAUGCUUUUGGGGUACUUCUGCUAGAGAUAAUUAGUGGGAGACCUCCAUACUGUAAGAACAAGGGGUACUUGGUGGAUUGGGCCAAGGGCUACCUUGAAAGGCCUGAUGAAAUGUCCCACGUGGUGGAUCCUGAACUAAAACAUUUUAGAUAUGAAGACCUCAAAGUGAUAUGCGAGGUAAUAACUCUUUGUAUCGACCCUGAUACAACUAUGCGUCCAUCUAUGCGAGAAUUAUGCAGCAUGCUGGAGAGCAGAAUUGAUACAUCAGUAAGCUUGGAGAUCAAGUCAUCAUCUUUGGCUUGGGCUGAACUUGCACUUUUAUCUUAAUACACUCAAAACUCAAUUAACAGAUCUAGACUAAAUCAGAGACAUACACAGCAGUAAUACUUUUUCUGACUACUUUCUUCUCUUUUUUCUUUUUUACCCUUCGUGUUUAUUUCUGUUGUAAAUGAUUGCUCAAAAUGAGUUUGUGUUAGGCUUAAGCACGACAAGGUCUCGUUGUAUAGCACUAGCGGGCUAGUAGAAGUCCAAAAAAUGCUAAAUAGAAGAGUAUUGAAUUGGACAAAUGUUUUCCUUUGUGUAUUCUGCCGAGCAUUGUGUUAUUCGUCUUGGACCCUUUUUCAGAAAUCAGGGAGAUUAGGGUACCUAUAUUAUGAUGUAUGUAACAAGGGUGACUUUUUACAAAGCUUAUAGUGGCGUUUUGAGUUAAUAUGGAAAAUCUCUAUCUAGAUUAUUA